UUAUGCUAUUAUAUUGAUUUGUAAAUGCACCUGAAGAUUUACUUAUCUACACAUUAUAACAUUUAUUUAAUUGAAAGUAACAAAUUAAUAAUAAUUGCACUUAUAGAGUAGAUAAUCGUUAACAAGCUAAAAAUUUAACGUUUUAUGUCCCCGAGAUGUCGACUAUUAUUACAAAUAAAUGGAGUUGGGGUAAUUUUGUAAAAAAAUUUUUAGAUGUUUUUUGUCUCACACAUCCAGACAAGUCUAGUAUACGUGAUGAUUCUAUGACAUGGACUCAUCGUUUAUGCGCGCAAAUACUUACGUAUGGAGAGAUACCAAAUCAUGUAGCAUUUAUAAUGGACGGUAAUAAUAGACGUUAUGGUAAGAAAAAUUUUAUUUCCACGCAAGAAAGCUAUGCAAAAGGGUUUGACAAAUUAUUUGAAACAAUACAAUGGUGCUUAGAUUUAGGUAUAAAAGAAGUUACUGUGUACGCAUUCAGCUUGGAUACCUUUAAGAGAACACAAGAAGAAAUCGAUGCAUUGUUUGAGGAAAUAAAAAUAUUUUUAGAAAGAGAUAGAUUGAAUGAACUAGGUGUAUGUACAACAUUUUUUGGUAACAUCAAAACACUACCAGAUGAUUUGGUUAAGGCAUUAGAAAAAUCAAAGCUUAUAACAAAACAAAACAAUAAGAUAUCAUUAAAUAUUGCAUUUUCUUAUACUGGACAUGAUGAAUUAACAAAUGCAUUUAAUCAAAUAUCUAAUGGUAUUAAAAAUAAUGAUUUGGAGGAAUCAGAUUUAUCAGUUGAAAUAUUAGAUAAUUGUAUGUAUACUUAUCCGUCCACACCACUUGAUUUAUUAAUACGCACAUCUGGUGAGACUACACUGAGUGAUUUCAUGUUAUGGCAGUGUGCUUACAGUUACAUUUAUUUUACUCCAGUCUUAUGGCCAGAAUUUACUGCAUGGGAGUUAAUGAUUGCUAUUUUCAUGUAUCAAAGAAAUAUUAGAGCAUUUAUACGUUAUAAAUUACCUACUAAAAAAUUGAGUUCAAGGGCUGAAAAAUUUGUUGAAAAUGUACAUCAAAACUGGUUAAAUAAUCUUUAUACAAUUGCGUGA